AUGGGCGCGUCCUUGUGCAAACCCCGGCCGAAGAAAAGGAUAACGACCUCGAGUUGGAUCGCCAGCGAAAAUGAGAAUCCAUUCGAGACGAAUUUCACGAAAAAGGAGCGUGUUUGUUUGAGGGAAACAUAUCAACGGCUAAAUGACGCGAAAGAAAUUGUUGGGCUAAUAUUUGUGGAUUUGAUUAUGGAUCAAGUGCCGGAGAUGAAGAAAGUAAGUUCAAUUUACUCGCAGGAAAAAUUGGUAAGGUGUUUGUUGUAGACAAACAUUGUAAAUUUUUCAACCGCGCUUUGUAGAGACAGCUGAGACUUCUAGUUUGCUUUGCAAUCAAAAAUUCAAAAAAUUUAUGGCCCGAACGUUUUUUGAUCCAUUUUACACAAGAACCUCUGAGAAACAACACCUGUCUAUAACAAAAGAUUUCUGAGGCCUAAACAGUCAACUUGACUACAAAAUAACCCUUCCAUAAUACGCAGCCCUCCUAUAACGAACGAUUUUUUUUGUUCCAAAAGAUCCGUUCUACACAGGUCUGACCACACUUAUUUGUUUUUCCUACAAAGAUCGUUGAAUAUCAAAGCAACACCUCUGGCAAGAUAAAAAGAUUAUGUUCACAAAAUCUUACGGAAGUCUGACCUAUUAUUUUUAGUAAAUCACCUUUUUUACCUUCUCUUUUCCAGGUCUUUGGCGCUGACCGAGUUCCAAAAGUCAACAUGAUCAAGAUGCCCAAACUUGGAGGCCACGUUGCUCGGAUGACCGAUUUUCUCGAGCAAAUGACUUCAAUGUUAGGAUUCACGGAGAAUAUUAUUGGAGCAUGGCAAUUGGCCCGAAAAACUGGACGAUUACAUACAAAAGUCCCGUUUUUGAUGCAAAAUCAAGAUCAAAUGGGAAACAAUUAUUUUCAAAUAAUUUGCGACGCAUUUGUCAACGAAUUUAUCCCUUAUCUGACAGGGGACAAGGUGAGAAUUCGGUUUUGAAAUUUUUUGAAUUUAGAAAAAAAUAAAAUUUUUCAUUUGAAGAGUUGAAAAAAAGAAGAUUAAACCAAAAAUUAUUGUCGUAAAUUUCAGCCCGAUCCAACAAAUAAUGAACCAGAAGACAAGAAAAAAGUCCGAUUUGCCCAGAGUUAUACGCCUCAACAGGUCCAAGAAGUUUGGAAACGAUUUUUCAUAGUCGUAACUGGCCAAUUAACCGAAGCCUUCGAAAUUGAGCGGCAAAAAGGGCUAAAUGCUGAUAAUCAAAAGACCUUGGCACCUCAUCAACAUGUGGAAGCGGCUGAACAUAAAAGGAAACAGCUGGCGAGUGUAAGUUAAAUUUUUUGGAUUUUUCAAAAUAUCGAAAAAAAUUCCGGCUUUCGAAAUUUUUACCAAAAAAAGCUAAUUCUUGAGUAUUUUUCGAAUUUACCUUUCCCGUUUUUAUUCUCUGUUAUCUACAAAAUUAGAACUGUAUUUCCAAAGCCAGUUCCUAAAAACUCGAGAGCGUGCCAUGAUAGCUCAGUUGGGAGAACGUUAGACUGAAGAUCUAAAGGUCGCCGGUUCGAUCCCGGCUCGUGGCAUUCUUUUUUUGUUUUAUCCCAUAUAUCGAAAUCAAUAACUUCAACUCUUUUUUCCAUUUUUUACAAUUUUAUUCACCGAUUUUUUGCAGGAAAAACAAAGCGAACAAGAGAACACGCAUCCAAAUGAACGAGGGACCGAGGAAAUGUUUGAAGAUCCUUUCUAA